GCCUGACUGAGCUCCUUGAGGACAGAGCCCUGCCUUAUUUAUCUUCCAUAGAGAGACACUCAGUGUGAGAAGGUGGAGGGAGGUGGGGAGGGAGGGAGCAGAAGGAAGAAAGGCAGGAAACAAAAGAGAAAAGAAGAAAUGAACAAGUCAAGCAAGGACAUCAGGGGAAAACUCAUUCAUUCACGCAUGCAUGCAUCCAUCCAUUCAUUCAACAAAUAUCUAUUGAAUUCCUAUCAGGCCCCAUUCUAGGCUCUAAGGAUACAAUCAGGAAGCUCAAGUGACUGGCAACUGACUCAGCAUUUCCAGCUGAGGCCAGAGUUGGCUGCAAGGGCACACCGUGCUCACACUGGGCCCAGGAACCACUAGCACCUCCACGACUACUCAGCUCUCAGCUUCCUGACAGAGGUGUUAAUCUUGAGGGUCUGACAUUCCCUCCUGCACGCUGUGGUCCCAUCACUCAGGAAGGAAUGUAGAAAGACCUGGAAGCAACACACAGGAGUAGGCUGGCAGGACUGCCUUCUUUCCUGGGGACAAGUUAGGGAAUCUGGACUUGGAACCUACAGGGAUUCCAUGGGUCUCUGGACCGCAUUUUGCUUGAUGAUCCCUAAGGAGCAGAAGGGGUCAGUGAUGGCUGCCAUGGGGGACCUCACUGGACCAGUCCCUUUGCUGGACCUGGGCAAGAAGCUGAGUGUGCCCCAAGACUUGAUGAUGGAGGAGCUCUCUCUACGCAACAACAGAGGUUCCCUCCUCUUCCAGAAGAGACAGCGCCGGGUGCAGAGAUUCACCUUUGAGUUUGCAGCCAGCCCGCAGGCGAUUGCAGAUGGAAGCACCAAGGGGAAGGUGCUGGGAACAGCAGAGCUGGGGACGGUUGCCAAUGGCCCCGAGGGGCAGAACUUCCACUCUGAGCUCCACAUCUUCCCAGCUUCAUCCCGGGGCCCUGAGGACGCCCAGUCUGCAGCCUUCCCUGCAGAGCGUGCCCGCAGCCCCAGCGCCCUGGCACCAGGCUAUGCGGAGCCACUGAAGGGCGUCCCGCCAGAGAAGUUCAACCACACGGCCAUCCCCAAGGGCUACCGCUGUCCUUGGCAGGAGUUCAUCAGCUACCGGGACUACCAGAGCGAGGGCAGAAGUCACACCCCUAGCCUUGCCGAGUACCGAAAUUUCAACAAGACCCCAGUGCCCUUUGGAGGACCCUUAGUGGGGGAGACUCUUCCCAGGGCAGGCACCCCAUUCGUCCCAGAGCUCAUCAGUGGCUUGGAACUUCUUCGCCUCAGACCUAGCUUCAACAGAGUUGCCCAGGGCUGGGUCCGCAACCUUCCUGAGUCCGAGGAGCUGUAGCCCCAGCCUGAAUAUUCAAUUCCCAUCUUCAUGUUUGGGAGACAUCCUGGAGUCGACUUCUGGACAGCACUUCAUGGUUUAUGAAGGGUCUUCACACACAAAAUCUUACUGCAAAUGGCCUCAAAGGCCGCAAGGUUCAGUAGUCCCCAAAUGGGGUGUGUUUCAACAUUUCCUGGGGAUGAUGUUUUGCAUACAGACUUCUGGCCUGCCCCAGAUUUGCAGUAUCCAAAUCUCCUGAGUUGGGGGUACUUUCUAUUAGUAACCAACACUCCUAGCUGAUUCCAGUGAAACUUGUUCAUGGUUCACAUCUUUAGGAAUCCAAGCUACCAGUGAAUUCACAUCCAUGCCUCUACUCCCCACUCCCUGCUCUGGUACUCUACUAACACUCCCCUGACAGGGAGAUCCCUAGCAGCCCAUUUACCCAGUGGAUAACUCUGACAAUUAGAAAGUUUUUCCUUUUAUUGAGAAGCAGUUAGUUAACCUUAUUCAUGCUCUAAACAUUUGCUAAGUACCUACUGUGUGCUAGUUGCCCUGAGGUGAAUAAGCCUAGGCCUGGCCUAGAGGAAGAGAAGACUGUAGGAAAGACAGGUUUAUAAAGCAUAGGUAAAUCCUGUUGAUUUUCCCUACAGAAUCUACCUGACAUCAGAGGAAGCAAGCACCAUGAGUCAAGAGGAGUGGGUCCCUAACUCCUGGUGGGGAUGGGUAUAGGAGGGGAAUUCCAGGAAGCCCCUCGGAGACUUUGGAGGUGGAGUGAGAGACAUCAAGGGAAGAGAGAGUGAUGGAGAGGACGUUCCUGCUGAGUGCACCAGCAUGUGCAAAGUGUGGAAUUGUGAAUAGGAGGAGGUGUGUUCUGGAGAAAGGAGGGGGCUGUGUUAGAGGGGUCAGUGAGGGCCAGCACGGAGUGGACUUUCCUGAGAUGGGGGCAGCUUUUAAGCUGGGAAGUGAUGGGUCUUGCUAUGUGGGGGCACAGAUUGGAGAGGACUAAGGCCAGAAGUCAGGAAACCUGCAGGGAAUAAGGUCUAGGCUAGGGCUAGGCUAGGGAGAUGGCCAUAGGGAUGGAAAGAAGGGGCAUCUUAUUGGACAGGUGCAAUGUGGGGCACCUAUAAGGUCUCCUCCUGUCUUUUCUCCUUGCACUUACCAUCUGGUGCAAGCCUGGGUAAAUCUUGUCCUAGUCUUCACCAGGGAUAGUUCAGGGCUGUAUCCAGCUCCCUAGGAAAAGGAGAGAAAGGAAUGCCUCUUAGUUCAACUGAUGAUGAUGAAGACAGUGACAAUGAUCAUGUUGGUGGCUGCUUUUUAUUAGGUGCCUCAGUGCUUGGGCUGGUAGUAGAUUCUCCACAUAUCCUAUUUCUUAUUUUCAGGACAAUCCUGAGGGAAAGGUAUUGUCCCAUUUUACAGAUAUAGAUAUCCAGGCUUGAAAGAAGUGGCUUGUUCAGGGCCAGAGCCAAAAUGGGAAUGUCUAAUUCUAGCAGCUGUCCCUUGUCACUGCACUGGGUGGCCAGGCCAAUGCCCCCUCACUCUGGAAUCAUCUAAGCAUGGUAUCCUGCCAUAGGGCUUAGAGUGAAAAGUGCAGGUGGAGAAGUCAGACUGGAUGGGAUGGGUUCUAGCUGCUACUGCUAGCUGUGUGAACUUAAGCAAGUCAUUUCUCCUGGGUAGGCCUCUGUCUCUCCACCUGUAAGAUGAGGACAAGGCCAGAAGCCCCUAGAGUGGGCUGUUGUGGCACAGUGAUGGAUGCAUACCUAAGAAGUCCUUGGUCAUUAUUAGAUUUCCUGCAGCUUCUGCUCUUGACCGGAAAAGACUUUCUUGUUCUUGAGAAGCUGGCUGCAAGAUGUCAUUAGGGUCUGUAAAGCUGAAGCCUGAAGGAAAGCCUCUGAUUACUGUAGGACUCCUUGUGGACAUGGAAUUAUUCCCUUUCCCCCUGCCUCCCUCUGCCUCUUCCCUGCCUUUCUUAGGGAGAUGAGAAGGUGAGAGAUCCAGCUAGUUCCCAGGGUACAUGGGAUAGUGGUUGCAUUUUCCUUUUGUUCCAGACUUUCACUGCACCCCACACAGUCGUGAGGGGCCAGCAGCCUGUUAGAGUUGCCUGCCAUUGAUGUGUUGUCUUGAAUUGGGGGGCUGCUGUUUAAAGCCAUGUUUGCAUGAGCUGAAAAACCAACCAUUAAAGUGUCUGACACAUAGAAGAGAGGAUUUGCACUACCUUGGAUAGACUCUGCUGUGUUCUGGAGGGUGAAGACCAACACCAGCUACAGGAGAGGAGAGCCUGCUGCACCCAAAAGCAAAUCCUCAUUCUUUCUUCUGACAAUAUGACUUUUGCUGAUGUUGUUAAAAAAAAAAAAAAAAAAGGAAUGCUUGUUAUCUAAAUAAAUAAAAUGUAAAAAGACUGGCCCACAUAGCUCCUCCUAUGCUCAAAGAUAGACUUUCCCAGCCUCCUGCAUUCUGCUUCAUUUCCACAUACUGGACGUAACCACUGGUAACAGUUUGGAUCUUCUAGGAUUCUAGAAUUAUUUGAAUAGAUAAAUAUGUAUGUAGUGUAGUACAGGUGCAAAGGUGCAAAAAUAUGUCUUUGUCUAAUGGGAUCAUACCAUAUGUAUUCUGUAUUUUGCAACUUUAUUUAACAGUAAGUAAAAUUUGGAUCCUGAAAGAGCAGGCCAUUAACCUUUCACGUAAUUUGUGGGCCUUGCAAGCCCUUCAUAUAAAAUCAUUUUCUUUGCUUGUUCAUAUCAAA